AUGCACCUAAACCCUUGUGUGUUAAGUCGCCGAGACGUUGCCAACAACAAGACUGUUGAAGAGCCGGCCUCUACGUGCCUUGAAGCUCGCCCUGUGCUUUAUCCACCUUCACUGCGUUUGGUGGUCCUAUCCUCAGCAUACGUGAAAACAGGAACUGUCGGAAUCAUUACCAGCACACAAGCCACUUCUGGUUGGGGGUGCCUGGGAAGGAACCAAUCCUACUGUCCCCUUUUCACUCUCAUGGAAGACGAUGAACUCGAAGAGAUCCACUGUGAACUCAUUUUCCGUCAAUCUGAUGAGACCUAUCACCUCAAGGACCGCAAAUCUAAGUCUGGAACUUAUUUAAAUGGUCAGAAAUUACGCAAAAAUGACAAGAAGCGUAUCUGCCACGGUGACGUGCUGCGAAUAGGCGAAUCUCGAUUCCUAAUUCACAUUCACCAGGGUGCGGAAACCUGUAGCCAGUGCGAACAACGGGAGACGCAAGACGACCCCCUACCCGCACCAUCCGCGGCAGAACUUGCUGACGCCCCACCUGCUGGGGCUAUUCCUUCAACCGAGCUCGCUGUUUGCUCUGAGUCCUCCAAAGCAGGUGAGAAUUUUAUUGUUUUGACAGUUUCAAUGCGCACUUGA